GGUGUUCAAUUGAUUAUCCUCUCUCAAUUAAGUAUACCCAAAUGACGGAUAUCUCGGCUACUUUUCAAACACCAUGGCAUACAUUCAACUCAUUAGUUCCUUCAUGAUACUGUUCCAUCUCCAACUCUUGGUCGCCAUCGACUUAGGUUGUCGCCUACUCUACGAUUGCGAAACGUGGUGUGAGGGAAAAGUAAACGAAACUUGGACCAAUCAGCUCAGAGCAUCAGACGUGCUGUGUGUGCUCUCGAACACAGGGCACGAGAUGCAAACUGGCCAGUUCGCACAGUCUGCAAAUGGAGUGCACAACAGUAAAGACAUAAGUUUCAAAUCAAAAUCAGCGAGAAGUUCCGGAUGUUUGACCAAACGCAGGCACCCUUUGUCUUGUCGACACACAUGCAACAAAUUCAACACACCCUCGUCAGCACAAGACAUGUGUAUUAGCUGCAAUCAAUAUCAACCAUCUGCUACACAAGAUCAUACCAAGGCAACGGAUCCCUUGUUUACCUUUGAACCACCAUGUCAUACUUUCAACUUUUCCUCUUCUGGAUUGUCUUGACUCAUGUCAAGAUCUUGCUAGCCAUCGAGUUCUGGCGUUCGCUGCUUUGCGAUCGAGAAGCGCACCGAUGCGGAAGAAUGAAGGACAUGGAAAGAAGAUGGUUCGGCGCUGCGCUCUAAGAACAAGGGACUCUGGGCAAAGCCGUUUAAAAUGCAGUCUGUCCAGUUGA